AUGUGGCCACAUCUUUGGGGAGGGCGCCUCGUUUGUACGAGUGGCGCCUGGUCGGGGGUGGCCUACGCCGUUGGUUGGAGUGGAUGCCAUGGAGGCGCAGCGCUGGCGGGUCCGUUGUGGUUGCAACGCGGCUACGUCUCCUCGGCGGCUGCUGUAGCGACCGGCCCCGUGGGCGGUGCGCCGCGCGGGACGCACGACAUCGAGGGCGGCGAGCUGGCAGCCCACCGGUUCAUCGUGGACACCGCUCGGCGCGUAGCUUCCCGAUACGCCUUCGAGGAGGUACAAACGCCGAUGUUCGAGACGACCCAAGUGUUCCAGCGGAGCUUGGGCGGCGAUUCGGACGUGGUGAUGAAGGAGAUGUACACAUUUGACGACAAGGGCGGCAACAGUCUCACCCUCCGACCCGAAGGCACUGCCGGCGUGGUACGUGCGUUCGUGAGCAAAAAGGACUUUGGCGAUCUGCCGCGGCGCUACUUCUACAGCGGCCCCAUGUUCCGCUACGAACGACCACAAAAGGGACGCCUGCGCCAGUUCCACCAGCUGGAGGUCAACAGCCUGGGCGACGCCGAGAGCAGGGAGCGCUACCGCACGGCCUUGCGAGAGUACCUCUCCACCCAACGAACAUUCCUAUCGGCCGACUCAGUGCUUCGGUUAGAUCGAGGGAGCGAGCUGCGGGUGCUCGAUUCCAAGGACGCGUCGGACCAGCAGGUGGUGCGCGCGGCCGAGUGCCCCGUCCUGGUCGACUAUCUCAGCGAGCAAAGCCGUGACCAUUUCCAACAAGUGUGUGGCCUGUUGACCCAGCUGGACCUGAGUUUUGUGGUCAACCCUCGGUUGGUGCGCGGUCUGGACUACUACGGCCAAACAGUGUUCGAGUUUGUGGGCCAACCCGGCCCCCAGCUCGGCCCCCAGCAAGCGACCCUCCUCGCCGGUGGCGUCUACGACUCCCUCGUCUCCACGUUCGGUGGACCCGCCAUCUCCGGCGUUGGAUGGGCCGCGGGAGUGGAGAGGCUGGCGCUGGUGUUGGACCGCACGUUGGUGCCCACGCCGCCGCGACCACUCUAUGUGCUCCUGGUGGCCACCGACGACCUGGCCCCGGCCGAUGACACGAUCAGCCACCUUAACAAGCCCGCGCCUGCGCCCGCGCUGGUCGGGUACGCCAUGCGUGUGAGCGAGCAGCUGCGGAGGGACGGCUUCGUGGUGGUGCAGAAGGUGGACGGCAGCGAGGGGAGCGGCGGCAAGCUGCGCAAGUGGAUGAAGAAGGCGGUCAAGGCCAACGCCGCCGCCGCGGUGUUCGUCGGCGCCGACGAGCUCGCCGCCAACGCGGUGACCCUUAAGCUGCUCGACACCGGAGACCAGCGCACCGUGGCCCUCCCCCAGCUAGCCGACGCUUUGCACCAGCACCGGCCCAGCGCGCCAACCUUUUUGUAA